UCCCCCCUCCACUACUUCCUGCAUGUGCCGGCAGUAUGGCAGCGCCCAUAGCGGUCCAUCUGGAGUUUGGUGGCGGAGCAGAGCUGCUUUUUAAUGGCGUGAAGGAACAUCAUGUGACUCUUCCAGGCCAAUCCGAACCUUGUUUUCCAGGGGACGUGAAGCAGCUGCUGGUCUGGAUCCAACAGAACCUGCUGAAGGAACGGCCCGAGCUCUUUGUCCAGGGAGACUCUGUGAGACCUGGGAUUCUGGUGCUUAUCAACGAUGCAGACUGGGAGCUAAUGGGGGAGCUGGACUAUCAGCUACAAGACCAAGACAACGUUGUGUUCAUUUCGACUCUUCAUGGAGGAUAGAAAAUGAAUCGAGGAAUACAAACAUAUCCUUGACAUCUCUGUAACAGCCCUUUUCUUCACAUCCUCUGCACUCUAAACCCCCCCCCCUCUCCUCUACAUCUCAACAACACAUCACCCCAUUGGACGCCGCUGAUGUGUCCCCCCUGCGCCGUGACAUCUGAGGUGAUUGAUGUCGGUCUGCAGGAAUGAGUGGAAAUUCAGUGAUGGUUCCCAAGAAAAGAAUGUGGAAACUGUGAGACAGGAAUUCUGUGGACGUUGGGCGUAAAUACCAACAUAUUUGUUUAGGUUUUUUUUUUUUAAAGGUCACUCAUACGAAAGCUCUGGUGGUCAACUCACAGGUGCGAGUGUAAAUAAUCUGCAGUUGGUGUGUAAACCGUCAUCCUCCUCUAACCUCUCCGUGAGUGUGAAAGACAAAAUGACCUGGUCUUGGGGUCCACGAUGACCUUCAGUUCACAAGAAUAUAAAAGAAAAGAUAACUUUACUUUAAGCCCUCAUUAGCAUUCAUAAACUCUAUGGCAACAUUUAAUGAAUUGUCUUCACACACUGUUAUGUAAUUGUAAGCAGACAUAAGGACAUUGUAAGUCUUUAUUCAUAUAUUUGUCCCAAAUUAUAACUUACAUAUUUUAUAUGACAACAGCUGUGUUCCACUAAUGUCAUUCAUAAUUUCUUUAUAUGCCAUGAUAAAUAAAACAGCCUUUGGAAUAUGCACACUGGAUGGAUUGUGCAUAUUCCAAUGUGUGUAAACACAUCUAUUGAAUGUAUAAGUCUUUAGAAAUGCUAAUUAUGGGGUUAGAAUAAAGUUAUUGUUUUUUUGUUUUUUU